ACUUAGUUUGUACAUACAUUGUAUAACAAACAUUAUUAGUCCAUAUUAGGUUGAACCCAAGAAAAAGAAAGCACAAAAAUGUCAGUUUCUUUAGAAGUAUUGGCAAUGGCAGGAGAAGAUUAUGCUAACCAUGGCAUAGAAAUGGAAGAAUGGGAGCGCGCCGAACUAGAAGAAACACCAGCUUACCUGCUGGCUGAUGAAAAUGAUGAUCAACAACAAUGGAGUAUUAUUAGUAAUUUUAAUGAUCGUUUUAAUAUAAGUCAUUAUGUUAAUGCUAGGAAGAAUAAUUAUGAAGAUGGCACUCGUUUUGAAGCAUCUCAAGAUUGUGAAGCUUCUUCAAGAGACAGCUUAAGCUUAAGAGGGUUGGUAAUGAUGAUUACAGCCAUGAUUAGGCUAACAAUGCUUACAGAAUCAGUGGAAAAUAUUAUGUCAUAGAUAACAACACUCCUUCUAUUGAUUUUUCCCUACAAUUCAAGCUAACUUGGAGAAGUUAGUUGUAUUUAUUUUGAGUUGAAAGAUGUAUAAUUAGUUUUCGAAAUAGAUUUAUUCGAUGUAAAUUGUUGGAA